CCGCACACUUGUAUUCAAAGCAGCAGAAACCUCGCGCAAGCCCAGGUGCUCCUUGUGUGUGGUGCGUGCUUUCGGGAUCGGUACAACUUCGAGAAGGCUGCUUGCUGUUGGAUGGGAGCGGGCAUGCCAGGGAACGAUCGGUCCCUAGGCCUCAUCGGGAUCGGUGGACUAGUUCUUACGUUGUGUCUUGGAACCGUGCCUUCUUCUGCGAGAUAUGUGCCGAGACUACACAGUGGAAUGGAGGAAGAGGAGAGUCUACCUCGCCACAGAGGACACACACUUCGGCACUAUGGCCCUAUCUACAGUGUACCGCUCCGGUACAACAUCCACAGAGACCACGUAGGCCGAACAACUUGGAGAGCAGAUCAACAUGCGCCAGUCGUGUCCGCAGAAUAUCGGGUAACGCGUCCCAGAACUCCUAAGGAGGGCGAUGAAGAUGGAGUGAACAUACGAAGGAAGUUUUAUCGCUUCAACUGGAAGAGGAAACCAAAGGGUCAAGCGGAGCCGGAUGGAUUUCCAGAAGUCAGAGCCGUGUACAACGUUGCAAGGAAAAAUGUUCCCGAUGAAGACGAGGAAGAAAGAGCAAAAGAAGCGAUUCGGAAGAAGAUUCAAGAAAUGGCGGGCGGAGGAGAACUGCAGGGGGACGAAGAACCUGUCUAUCCGCUUCCAGAGGGUCACUUGGAAGAGAUUGAUAAGGCAUUAGAAAAACGGAUUCAGAAGUACAAAGAGCAAGCCGAGGCCGGUGGAGCUCAUACCAGGAGGUCUGACGGACGAGUCAGAUGUCUAAACCGAAGGAAGCAGCCAGGUGACGAGAGCGGUCGCGCGGUGAUAGGGAGAGGUGAUAGUGGAGAAAGGGCAGGUUUACUUCGCAGGAUACUCGGCUUACUGGGUGAGGACGAGGACUGUCUCGAGGAUGAUCAGGAUUACUCUGACGAAGAGGACGGAGCAGGCGAAAGCGAUGAGGAACCUUUCGAAGAAGAGGACGAGAGACCCACCAGGAGGAUGGGCUGGCCGCAGUGAUGAGCGGAGAUUCUGGGAAGAAAUAAAAAUGCGGGGGUUUGUA